GAUUUUUUGGUUUUUUGGUUUCGGCUGCUCUGCUUCCCCUUCUGACUUUUUUCUACUUUUGAACUUUACUCGAAUGCUGUACCAUUUCCGUUGAGGCACUUAUAAAAUAAUUAGAAGUGCAAUGUCGGACCUUUCUUCCCUCUUUUUAUUUUCUUCCUUUUUACUCGUCCUUACUGAUUUACAUCAUCUAUUUCAAUUCUCGACUAAAUGUCUUUAAAAUAUUAACUCUCUUUGACUGCAUAUAUUACGUUUCACUAUGGCAACAUCACAUACAACAUUUACAUCUCACUUGUUCUCGAAUAAGUUAAAUUCUUCGCCUUAUAUGCUCAUUGUUCGCCAACAACCUUGUAAAGCUCGCCUUUGUAGUUUUAAAGAAAAAGUGGAUCGAAGGCCGAUCGAUCCCCCUCCGAUUAUUCAGCUUUUACCGACAUACAAUGACCCCGAUGAACAUUUUUUAUACAGCGCCUAUCUUUUUGUAUAUGCAACAUUAAUUGAUGCCAAGGCCGGAACGGAUUUACAUAUCAUCAAUGGCAACCAAACGACAGCGGGUGCAUUGGUCCAAUCUCUGCACAAAUUGAAGGAUGUUGAUAAUCGAGAUGGGGCAUUCUUUGUUUUCCCGGAUAUUAGCGUUCGACUCGAAGGGUUCUACAAACUUAAGUUUACUUUAUUCGAAAUCGUGGGGUUAGAUGUUCGUUGUUUGUGUUCCGUUUUAUCAGACCCGUUUCAAGUUUAUUCCCCCAAAUCGUUUCCUGGGAUGUCAGAAUCAACAUUCUUGACAAGAUCAUUCUCGGAUCAGGGUGUUCGUAUACGUGUCAGAAAAGAGACUCGAGCAUCCACCGUCAUGAAACGGAGAAAGACAUUGCAAGGAGAGGAACAGGAUUCUGAUGAUUCGGCGGGAAAUACUGAUCGACAAAACCCGCCUUUGGAGAAUUAUCGUGAGAACGCCAUGGGUGUAUUAUUGCCUUCUACGAAAGACUUGCUUACUUCAUCCCAAAGGGUUGAUUCACAUUUAUGGAAUAAUAAUUCACCCUCUCCGCCACCGCCACCCGCAGCUUACCGCCAGUCCAAAUCGUUUCAGAAUCUAGUUCUGCCACCACCUAAAGACCUUUUAGCCGAUAUUCAUCGGCCGACGCAUACAAUGUCGAUGCAAAAUUUGCUUUCGGACAAACCUGACAAUGAUUUGCCUGAACCUUACGGACAUACAAGCUAUCCAGCUCGACCUUCUGUUGGAACCGAUUAUGAUCCGUGCCAGCCGUCUUUCCAGCGGACCCUGGUCCCACCUUACUGCUCUGCAUCCGGUGUUCAAAUAUCCGAAGCUCCCAGCUACGGAGUUCAGCCACCUUUAAUGUCAUCACGAAACCCACGCCAUGCAGCAACCUUCGGAUAUUAUGUUCCUCAUUCGUCAUACUAUCAACAAGACACUCAAAACCCUCAUACGCAGCACUGUAUUAAUGACGAUAACCAUGCUUCAUGAUGGAAGGCCCAUUUAUCUAACUAACACCAGCCCAGCAAGUUUUAUUUUACAUCGCGAACUAUGCUCCAAAUAAUGAAAUCCUCAACGUAUAAUCUCCAACGAUAUCAGCGUGGCUGUAGUUAUAUUUCUAAUUCACUAUGUUUAUGAAUUUCAUCUAUUGCUGUACAAUUACUAUGUGACACAUAUGCAAACACCAAUUUACACGGCGCACCGAAGACUAGGGAUGAGCUAGCUUAAAAAGAAAUGAAAAAUUGCUUGCAACACGAACGUGCGUUGUGCGCCCCCAAAAGCGUCCUUUCACAAAAGAUUAAAGCAUAGAAAAUACAAUAUCGCUGUUUGAAAUGUGCG